AUGGUGGGGAGACUCUGCCAAAUUUUUGGUAGAAAGUCUUUACUCUUAGUAAGUGGGCCCGGCAUCGGGGUGAUGUCGGUAUUAAGGCGGGAUCCAUCCCAGUUUUCGAGGAAAUCCGGGGUGGGUCCUGUCAGCUUGAGGGUUAAGGAAUUGGGGGCAAAUGAGUUUCAUGGUAGUGCUGAUCCUGCUGAGGCUGAUGUUUGGCUUACGGAUGUCGAGUGGGUAUUUGAAGUUCUCCAGUGCCCUUAUGGAGAUAGGGUUCGGUUGGCCGCCUUCCUUCUUAAGGGAAAUGCCUGUCACUGGUGGAAGACUGUCCGCAGAGGGUAUGCUAACCCUGCUGCCAUUACUUGGGAUGAGUUUCAGAGGAUGUUCUUUGAUAAGUUCUACCCGCAUUCUUACAAGAAUGCGAAGAAGUCCGAGUUUCUGUAUCUGAGGUUUGCACCUGAGUUGGUAACCACAGAGGAAGACAAGUGCACGCGUUUUGAAGAAGGUCUGUGGUUAGAUAUCCAGGCUGUGGUCACUGCCACUACAUAUCCUACCAUAAGAGCCUUGGCCCAAGCAACGGAUAGGGUGGCCAAGAAGUACAGUAUGGGUGCAGGUAUUGGUAGGCGCCGCAGGGACUCAUCAGGCUUUGGUGGGCCAAGUCAGGGUCCAUCAAAGAGGGGUGGAUCCAGUUCUAGUUCUGCUGGUAGUAGUUGGUCAGGAGGACGUGGGUCCAGUUCUGGCAGGGGGAGGUCUGGCUCUUGA